AUGAAUCAACACGCCAACGCUUCCUUCAACGAUGGCUCGAGCCGUCCGCAUCCGCCAGGCACCCUGGAGCUGUUCUCCAAGGACAACAAGCAGGUCGGCAACGAUGGCAAGAUGGUGUUGAUGCCGACUCCCUCGGAUGACUACAAUGAUCCCUUGACGUGGUCGACGUUUCGCAAGGCCUGGAACUAUGGUCUUCUCACCGCCAUGACAAUGUCCAUCUUCGCCGCGCUAGCUAUCCAGACGGUGUUUUGGCCUCAGAUGCUCAAGGAGAUGGAUGUGACGCUGCAGGUCCUCAACAACGCUCAGGCAGCUCAGCUGGUUGGCUUGGCCAUUGGCUGCGUUGUCUUCAUCCCCUUUGCCAAAAAGUACGGCAGACGGUCUACCUACAUCGUCUCCACCAUACUCGUCACAGCGGCCAUCUGGUGGUCCGCCUUUAUGAAGACGUCGGCGGAGGUUAUCGUUACCAACAUCCUCAUGGGCCUUGCUGGUGCCACCAACGAGACGGCCGUUCAGAUGAGCAUCCGCGACCUGUUCUUUGUCCACCAGAGAGGCUCGGCCAACGGCGUUUACCUGAUCGCCGUCACAGCCGGCACCUUUCUGACGCCAAUGGCUGCCGGUGCGCAGGCAUUCAGCUCUGGGUGGCGCUCGUCCUAUCUGACGCUCGGCGGUUGGAUGACGGGCCUGUCCCUGCUCUUCAUACUCUCCUUUGAGGAGACCAAGUUCGUGCCCGCCACCCAGGGCAUGAGCACCACGGGCGAUGCCGGCGACGGGGACAGCGCCAGCGUGCGCGGCUUUUACGAGCUCGACCCCAAGCUGAGCCGCGUCGACUCCGAGGCGCCCGUCCGCGCAGACGCUCCGCCGUCCCGGCCGCCCUUUCCGCAAUACCUCCGGCUCCAGCUGGUGACGCGGACCAACGAGUCCCUCUGGAAGACGUUUUACUACCCCAUCUUCUCGGCCUGGUUCCCCCACGUCGUCUUCACCUUUCUCGAGUUCGCGUCGGGGGCACCGUACAACUUCAAUCCCGCCCAGAUUGGCUUCAUGUCGGCGGGCCCCUUGAUCGGCUCCGUGCUUGGCAGCUUGUAUGGCGGGCCCCUUGUCGACUGGGCCAUUGUGCGCUUCGCGAGACGCAACCGCGGCAUCUUCGAGCCCGAGAUGCGCCUGUGGCUCAUUCCCCUUCCUGCCCUGGCCAUGUCGGCCGGCCUCGCCAUCUUUGGCGUCACAGCUGAUCGGGGCAUGCACUUCAUUUUCCCCUCGAUCGGAUCCGCCGUGUUUGCGUACGGAUUUGGCGGCAUCUCCGACAUCACCUUUACCCUUGUCAUCGACUCUUUUCCCAAUCUCGUCGCCCAAACAUUUGUGGCCAUUGCCUUUUUCCGAAAUGCCAUCAGUAUCGCCGGCCCCUUUUCAAUCACCCCCUGGAUGGAAGCCAUGAGUGUCAGCUCCAUCUUUAUCAUCGCGGCGGCCAUCAGCCUGGGCAUUCAUUUGAUUGGCGUUCCUCUUGCCAUCUGGGGCAAGAAGAUGAGGACGAGCAUCGCUCCUCGGUACUAUCGCUUGUCAGAGAUGUCUGCGUAG